AUGGCGGCUGAGGUGGCGCGAGCGGUUCGGGAGGCGGUGUCGGCGCUGGGAGGGGGCGCGGAGCCGAACCGGAACCGGGCCCGGGAGGUGGAGGGGGCGGUGGUCGCGGUGCUGGAGGCCCUGGCGGCUGCGGGAGGCCCGGCCGCCCUCGGGGAGCGGGAGCGGGCGCUGUACGGCGCCUUCCUGCGGAGCCUGGCCCGGGCGCCCCGUGAGGCUCGGCCCGGGGUCGAGUGGCGGAGCUGCUUCCUGCAGGGCCCGCCCGGCACCGCGCUCUGUGUCCUGCUGGAAGCCCUCGCCUCCUCUCCGGAGUCAGUCCAGGCGCGCUGCCAUCCCGGGGAGGUUCUGGAGGUGCUGGAGCAGUUCCUGCGGGAGGGAGGGCUCCCGGCCCUGCUGUGGGAGCUCUGCCAGCAGCAGGCACAGAGCAGCCCUCCCGAGCUGCAGGAGGCUCUGCUGGGGAAGGUCGUGUGUCUGCCCGACCACCUCGGCAACAGCCUCCAGGGGGAAGGCCCGGCCGUGUUCUUCCCACAGAACUACUUUCCUCUCCUGGGGGAUGCAAUUCUCCAGGUGCUGCAGAAGAUCUCCGAUUCUCUGCGAGCUGGCUUGGAUUGCUCCAUCUCUUCUGUUUCUCAUGUCCUGGGGAAGGUGUGCAUCCAGGGCAGGCAAAAGGAAAUCCUGGGUGUUUUGGUACCUCGCCUGACAGAUCUGACCAGGUCAGACUGCAUCUGGCAAAGGAUAUGCUGGCGCCUUGUUGAGUGCGUGCCAGAACGCUGGAUGGAGGCCGUGGUCCUUGGGUUUGUGCAGAGAGCAGCUGGGGCAGAUGUCUUGUCUAGGUUGCUGGGGAACCUGGUAGUGAAAAACAAGAAAGCUCAGUUUGUGGUGACACAGAAGCUGCUGCUCUUGCAGUAUGGGCACACGACUGCAGUGCUACAGAACCUCCUUGGCUACCUGGCCCUGGACAGCCUCCGGCGUCCCUUGUUGAUCAAAGUGCUGCAAGAACUGUUGGAGACCUGGGGGAGCAGCAGUGCUGUGAAACACUCUCCACCUGAGCAGCAGCUGUACAUUAGCAAGGCCAUCCUGAUCUGCCUCUCCCACCUGAAGGAGCCUGAAAUUGAGAGCUGCAGACAAGAGCUGCUCAUGAGCAUGCUGGAGGGUGUGAAAUGCCACUUGGACAGCAAUCUGCCCCAAAUACGGUGUCUGGGAAUGGUUGUGGCCGAGAGCAUCAGUUCAAAAAUAAACACUGAUGGGCCAGUCUUGAAGUUUCAGUAUGAAGAAGAUGAUGAAACAAGAGAACUGAAGUCCCUUCUGGUACAGACUCCACCACUCUCUGUUGUCCCCAGGCUUCCAGAUGAUGAGAGGGAUGAGAAAGCAGAAGCUGCACUGCCCGUGGUAUUGGGAAGUAACAAGAACUCACCUGCAGCAGCCCCUGCAGUGCCAGCUGAGGUGUCAGAUACUGAGCUGGACAGUGAUGAUGACCUCAUCCCUUAUGACAUGUCAGAUGAUAAAGAACUAAAGACCAAGGCUCCUGUGUAUAUCCGAGACUGUAUUGAAGUCCUCACAGGAUCUGAAGAUGUGGACAAAUGGGAAGCUACAAUCAAGGCUCUUGAGAGCUUGGUUCGGAAGAAUCCAGCAGCAACAAGAGAGGUCAGUGUGGAGCUGGCAAAAAUCCUUCUGCAUCUGGAGGAGAAGACCUGCAUUGAAGGCUUUGUAGAGCUCCGUCAGAGAGCUCAAGUUGCUGUUUUAACCACAGAUCCAAUCCCUGUAGCCAAGUACUUGACCUCCCAGUUCUACUCCCUGAACUACAGCCUUCGCCAGCGCAUGGACAUUCUCGAUGUAUUGGUUUUGGCAGCUCAGGAGCUGUCCUAUCCCAAAUCCCAUGGGAAGACCAAGCAUUCUGAUGCCCAAAAACCUUGUAUCCAUCUCCUCCCUGAAAGUGACAGCUCUAAGGACUGGAGAAAAAUUGUUGAUGAGAGGAUCAAAAGCAAGACUCGGAGAUUUGCUACGGGUCAGUCUCAAGUGAAACUGGAUUCCAGGCCAAAUGAGUUCAAUUCUGUCGCUGGGCAUUUCUUUUUCCCAUUGAUUCAGCACUUUGACAGGCCUCUGACAACGUUUGAUCUUUUGGGGGAAGAUCACCUUGUUCUUGGAAGACUGGUCCACACUUUAUCAAUCCUGAUGUGCUUGGCCAUCAACACUCUGGCAGUGACUGUGAUGGGGAAGGCACUGCUGGAGUUUGUCUGGGCUCUGCGUUUCCACACUGACUCGUAUGUGCGCCAGGGUCUGCUGUCCUGUGUCUCCUCUGUGCUCCUCAGUGUCCCUAAGGAGCAUCUUCUGGAAGACAUGACAGAAGAGCUCUUGGAGGCUCAGUCCUGGCUGGGAGAUGUGGUGGAGAAAGAUCCAGAUGGGGACUGCAGGAGGCUGGCCUUGCAGAGCCUGCUACUCAUGGAGAACCUGAAGAAGAAACUCACAGCUGACCCUUCCUAGCCAAAGGGUAGAAGAAACAACCUUUAUGUCAUACUCUUGCCAGCUGGAUGUGUGUAGGCACUGCUGGGACCUUUUUCAGGAGUCACCUGGCUGGAGAAGAGGAAGGAGGGGGGGGGAAGGGUGCUGAGCUGCAAGCCAACAAACCUGACUUGACAUCUGGACUUUGUAGUGGGGGCCAAUUGAGUGAGCUCUUGCCAUCCGGUACAGAGUGUACAGAUGCAGGAAGGGCCUCACUGCCAUCCCUGCACCGCCCCUGCCCCCACCCCCAGCUAUUUAUAACCUUGGCAGCUCUGAGUGCUCUGCUAAAAAUACAGGGAAGAUCACACAGCAGGCUUCUUGUCAGAACAACAGGAGGGAUGGAGAGAGCCCCUUACCUCCCAGGGCUCAGUGUAGGACAUGCCCGUAGCAAGGGCUCCAGUGUCUCCUGGCUGUCAGCACGUGGUAGGUGCUCAUCUGCUGUUGGGAGGGGUUGGUGCAGGGAAUGACACUCCUGGAGAGGUGUAAGAACUGAACAGCUACACUGAAGUGCUGAAAAUGUGCCAUGCCUUAAAGGCUUGAGCCCGUGCUGUGCUGUGGUUAGGAGAAACAAAGCUGGAAUUCCUUUAUGUAUCAGCAUAGUAGAGAAAUAAGCUUCUGUUAAAGGAAAACAAACAUCCAGAUUUUAAAAAUCUCCUCCUACACCCUCCUAUACACCCUUAAAACUUAAGCCCAAGUUUUGAAGCAAGUCACAAAGCAGGUAAAAAAAAAAAAAUGAAAAAAAAAAAUGAAGCCAGAAGGAUGGGCUGGCAUGAAAAGUGAGAGAGUGACUUUAUAAAUACACCCAGGUGGGGCAGGGCAAGAGGCUUCGAGGUGAGCAAAACCUUGGUCACGUUUGUUGGGCUUCAUAUCUCAGUCCUGCUUGUGCCAGGAAAGACAUUUGUAUCCUGACUGGUUCUGAGUAGCUUGACCCUGGGAAGGUUGGAAAAGAAGCUUUAUAAUGAGGAAGAACCUUCACUGGCUCAAAGUGGUUCAGGUUAAGCAGGGAUGAGGUCCCUGCCCAACCCCAACAAUUCUGUGGCUGGGAGGUUUAGUCCUGCUUGUUGUCAGUGGCAGCUUGAGCCUACAUCACCCUGGGAUGCAGUGAAAUGCAAAAGCUUUGGGUUAGGAAAAGUCUCCAUUGUGCAGUAGGGGUGUAGUUUGACUUUCAGCCAAGCUCCUACCCAAAGGGGACAGAGAUGCUUUUCAGAAACUGUGACUCACAGAGAAAGACAAAGCAGCACCUGAGCAGAUUAAAGCUGUACUUGAAAAUAGUGUCAGCUCAGGAGUUUUCACCUCAGCUUCUCGACUCUUUGGUGUACUUGGAAAAAGGCCUGAAGCUAAGACAUACAAUUCUGGCUGGGUUAUUUUUCCCUCAGAUUUAUUAAAACACUAAAAAAACAGCUU